GGAUAUUUCCUAAAUGUUACCUUAUUAAUAGAAUUGUUUGGAGAUAACUAUAGUUAAUGGAAAGAUGUCCGCAUCACAUUGCAGUUUCCAUAAAACAAAGUUUUACAAUUUUAGAAAUGCUCUCAGGAAUGACACAGUUCAAGAGAAGCAAAAUGGAACAGGAUAUGGUGUCUUCCAAAAACAUUGACACCCUUGCACAGUUUUCUCAUUUUACAGCUUUAAAGCUUGACAAUACGCCACUUUGUAUUGGCAAUUAAUACUUGUUACAUUUACCAUGUACGCCAUGCAUUCAAAGCCAAAAACUAAAAGAAAGAAGUAAAUAGCUUUUUAGCAUUCAAGUGUAUUCCUCAAUUUGCAUUUUUUUGAUAGCCACUCAAGGUAGUGUGUAUACUUGGAAAAUGAAUGGUUAAUGGACAGAAAACAGAUAAGGAUUUUUUAAUAUAGUACAGAUAAGGGGUAAUUGCUCACUAGGAACUGUAUUAGGACCACUGAUCUUUUUGAUUUAUAUUAAUAAUCUAGACUGGCAUGGGUAGGUAACUACUGAAGUUUGCAGAUGGUUCCAAACAGGAGGAGUAGUAAACAGCAAAGAAUCUCCAGAAGAAAUUCCACAACAUUUAGAUCAAAUUCAGAAUUGGGCAAACACCUCCACUAAACCCUCCAUCACCUCAGUUUAAUGGAGUAAUAUGUGGGAAGGGGUGUCUCUACCUGCCAAAUGUCUGUUAAACCACAAAUGAUGUAUUUUCAGCCCCAAAACUCACUUUGAUUAUUUAAAAAGUGUAUAUACACACACACACUAUAUGUAAUUUCUGGAUAUAUACAUCCAAACUUAAUAUAUUGCUGCACUGUGCUGUUUAUACUGUAAAAAUACACUGUAUUGUGUUACAGUCUGGUGUACCCUCUCUUCAUCAGCCUAACAGGAGGAGGAGGAGGAGAAAAGAAGAGUCCAAUACUGCUGGCUGUCCAUAGAAUUACCCAUGAAUUUUUUUGGGUAAUUUUGGUAACAGACUACUAAAAAUCAAUCUAUCAAAGUUUAUCAAAUGCACAACAAUACAGCAUGCAGCAGUAGUUGCUGGCAAUUAAAUGUCUUAUUGAUAUAAAAGCUUUUUUAUUGAGGGUCAUCAAAGAUAUGUUCUAAAUAAACAUCAAUUAUAAUAUGUAAGAUUUGCAGACAAAUGAACAUUUUUCAGCAAACAGAGUAGACAGCAAACCACCUGCCUGGCCUGCCAGUCACUGUAUCAAGUGAUAAUGGGUGGGGAGGGUCUGAAGGGUUAAAGGAACAGGGGCAUACAGAAGGUAUAAUUUCACAGCUCCUCCCCCAGCUCGUGGGCUCUGUCAUUCCUUAGCUCCCAGUUGUAUCAGCCCAAGCUCAUGAAGCCUGACACUUGGCUUCCCGGCAGAAGAGGGCUCUCACUCUGAUCUGAGCUAGGAGCCCAGCUGGCUGGAGGGACACUAGCACUCUGCUACAAGACGGCAGGUGAAAUGGCUUUACGGAGCACCGUGUGGCACGUGGCCUCUCUGACCUGUCUCCUGGUUCAUGCGGCCCUCUCCUCGCCUUUCCAUCCCCACCCAGGGCGGCCCUACCAGUCGGCUUUCUCUGCCGCCAGAACCGAGGGCAUGGUGGGCGGCCCCCAGAAAGCGGUCACCUUCGACAAGCUGCUCGUCAACGUCGGGGACGACUUCAACCCCGACACGGGGCGGUUCCGCUGCCGGGUGCCCGGCGCGUACUACUUCGCCUUCACCGUGGGGAAACAUCCCCGGAAGAGGCUGUCGGUCAUGCUGGUGAAGAACGGCCAGGAGGUGCAGGCCAUCGUGUACGACGAGCACCGGCACAGGAGGAGAAAGGUGCAGAGCCAGAGCGUCAUGCUCAGCCUGCGGCCAAUGGACACCGUCUGGCUCCUUCUGCACGGGGACGCCAAGUACGCCUUGUACAGCAACAAGGGGCCAUACACCACGUUCUCUGGCUACCUGGUGUACCCCGAUCUCCCCCCUGGCUACCCGAACAAGCACGUAGCCGCUCAGCCCCCAGGGCAGCCCCACUCGGGGUGCCCUCCCUUGUGGGCUCACGAGUCCAAGCACGCCCUGCUGUCGGAGCCGUGGGCGGCGAUGGCGGAGGAGGAGGAGGAGGAGGAGCCCCGCUCUGCCUUUUCCGUGGCCAGGACGCGCUCCCUCCUGGGAGAGGCCACCAGCAGGGGGGAGAAGCAGGCGCUCAGCUUCGACGUGGAGUACGUAAACAUCGGGGGCCACUUCGACAAAUCCUCGGGGCGCUUCACCUGCCGCUUUCCCGGAGCCUACUACUUCGCCUUCACCGUGGGCAAGCACCCCUCGAGGUGCGUCUCGGUGAAGCUCGUGAAGAACGGGGGCGACGUCCAGGCCAUGGUCUUCGACGAAGACGACUCCAAGCACCGGGCGAUGCAGAGCCAGAGCCUCAUGCUCUCCCUUCGCGAGGGCGAGACCGUCUGGCUGUACAGCCAGCCACACGAGCGAUUCGCCGUCUACAGCAACCAGGGCCGGUACAUCACUUUCACGGGAUUCCUGAUCUACCCCGAGUCUGCCCCACGCCGCGCUCAGAAGCAUCUGGCUAGAACUCGCUUUUAGCGUCUUCUGCAUCGUGCAAUUGGAGUAUCGCGCAGGAGUUUUCUCUUAGUAUUCAAUUCUCAGCACAUGUAUGUCCACUAUAUUCACCUGCCCCCAUUUUGUUUAAGCAUGUACAGCUCAGUGUGUACAUAUUAAAGAUAGAAAAAACUCUACGCCGACACUAUAUUCUCACUGAAAUUGUUAAUGCUAAAGAAUAUUUAUCAAACAUUAUCUCAUUGGCAGGUGUUUGCCCGGUUGUGAAUUUUUAUCUAGAAUCUUUUUAAUUUAAUUUGACGCUUCUACAGCGUUUGCGAAUCCUCCUAAUUUUGGCAACAUCUGCAAACUUAAAAAACUAUUCCAUUAUCUGGAUGAUUAUAACCAUAUAUAAUUAGAAGAAUUUGAGAAGAGCAGAGGGUCCUCGUACAGAUCCCCAUAUUAUUUCACUUACAACAUCACCCUAACUGUACCCUCUAUUUUUAUUUUACUCAUGAAAAUGACAUUCUUUAAAAAUACAACGUGUAGCUGAAGAACACUUUCUGUAAACGGACAUGAAGGUUUAAAAGCAGUGAACGAAUGA